AUGGUAUACCCGUCGAAUCCACGGCUAAUGAAUCGGGUCCUGGAUGCCGUGGUGCAUCUAUGCGAUGGUAAAGGAUCCACAGCUCGAGAUGUCCUCGAUUAUCUUCGACAAACUUCCAAGAGUACGCCGAGGAACUUGACGAUGCAGGUUCAUCGGGCGUUGAAGCACGCAGUGAAUGCCGGUUUGUUGCGGCACAGAAGUGGUCGUUACAAGGCAGUGUUCACGUUAAAUCCAGCUCCGAUUAAACAGUCCGUGAACGAGAGUAACGAGCAAAAAUCGAUCAUUGAAAUGAACAUGCAGCAGAGACCAUCGAGUGUCAAAAUGAUUAAAGAGGACAACAACAACAGACGAAAGCGAAGAAAAUCACGUCAGGAAAGGAAACGAAAAAACAAUAAUCAAAGAAAACGAAAGCAUCACAGUAGGUCGAAAAAGAUUGACGAGCUGAAAAAAAAUAUUAGCGAGAUACGAAAGCUCAAGUACAAAGAAAAUGGUGAAAGUGGCCGGUCACCGCGAAACAAAAUCUCGACUAGCAAAAUGAGAGAAAAUAUUGGAAACCCGUCAGGUUCGUCUGCUCGUAAAAAGAACGAGCUGAGACCAAGAGAUUCUAACAACUAUAGCGAUUUAUCAGACUCGAGCGAUUAUGAGGAUAGAAAGGUUAAAGUGACAAGAAAAAAUGUGCCAACAAUGUGCGACGAAUACAAAUACGAAGGAAAUAUAAAACAGAAUAGAAGAUCGGUUUCGCGGAAUCGAAGCCCCCAAAGACAAAAAUCUCAGCAAUUGCACAAAUAUUUUAACGAUAUUAACAAGACAAAUAAAUCAAAUACCGUUGAUGCUGAGAAAAACGAGGAGGCUCAAGAAGAAGGAAAAAACGAACCUAAUAACAGUGGAAGUGGUAGCACGUUGUGA